AGAAUCAAACCAUUUUGAUACUACUAAGUAGCCUACUACUGAAGCAAGCUGGUUGAUUCAAAAGCGAUGUGCUCCUUUGGAAACUUGCUAUGAUAACAUAUACGUGAUUUCCCGUUUCGCAUAGCUGAUGGUACAGAUGUGAUGGACUGCUUUCUACAGGAAAUCGGUGAAACUCGGUCAGACUGAUAAACAAUCGGGAUUGCCGCGAGGACAGCUGCGUUUCAACUCCAGUUCUACAUCUUUCCCGAUCGGAUAAUGACACAGAAAUUGUUCUCUUCUGUCUGAGUUUGCAGGGUGGAAGGAGCCACCAUGGAGGCCACAAACAUCCUGCCCAUUCUGAAGAAGAGACUGGCCUUUCUGUCAGGGGGCAAGGACAGGAGGAGUGGGCUGAUUCUCACCAUCCCACUAUGUACAGAACAGACCAGCAUGGAGGAGCUCAGCUCUACACUGGACUAUCUUCUCAGCAUCCCCAGUGACAAAUGCAAGGCCAGAGGCUUCACUGUCAUUGUGGAUGGACGCAAGUCACAGUGGAAUAUUGUCAAGACAGUUGUGCUCAUGCUGCAGAACGUGAUCCCAGCAGAGGUGUCACUGGUGUGUGUGGUGAAGCCGGAUGAAUUCUGGGACAAGAAGGUCACCCACUUCUGUUUCUGGAAGGAGAAGGACAGACUGGGCUUCGAGGUGAUCCUGGUGUCGGCCAAUAAGCUGACACGCUACAUUGAGCAGUGUCAGUUGACUGAUGAGUUUGGAGGCAGUCUGGUGUACGACCAUGUGGACUGGGUCAACAAGAGACUGGUGUUUGAGAAGUUUACCAAGGAGUCCACCUCACUUCUGGAUGAACUUUCUGUCAUCAACGAGAGUGAGAAAGCCUGCCAGGUCGACAAAGACAGACCUCCAGAUUGUAACUUCCUACCAUCAUUUGAUCCUGAAACAGUUCUGCAGACUGGUCACGAGCUGCUGUCGGAGCUGCAGCAGCGCCGCUUCAACGGGUCGGAGGGCGGCGGAGGAGGCGGUCCGGCCUGGUCUCCCAUGGACGAGGAGCUGCUGGCCCAGCCCCAGGUCAUGAAGCUGCUGGACUCCCUGAGGGAGCAGUACACCCGCUACCAGGAAGUCUGCCGUCAGCGCAGCAAACGCAACCAGCUCGAGGAGAUCCAGACCAAGGUCAUGCAGGUGGUGAACUGGCUGGAGGGCCCAGGGCUGGAGCAGCUGAGGACUCACUGGGCCAUAGGAGACUCCAUCAGAGCCUCCCAGGCUCUCCAGCAGAAACACGAGGAGAUCGAGAGCCAGCACAGCGAGUGGUUCGCCGUGUACGUGGAGCUGAACCAGCAGAUCGCCGCCCUGCUGAGCGCGGGCGACGAGGAGGACCUGGCGGAGCUGAAGGGCCUGCAGCAGCAGCUGAGUGACGUCUGCUACCGGCAGGCCAGCCAGCUGGAGGCCCGGCAGAACGUCCUGCAGUCGGCCCACGACUUCCACGGCACGGCGCAGGAUCUGUCCCAGCAGCUGGACGGCCUGCUGGGCAUGCUCUGUGCAGACGUAGCGCCGGCUGACGGCGCGGCCAUCCAGCAGACGCUCAAACACCUGGAGGAGAAGCUGAAGACCGUCGAGGGCGCCCUGCAGGUGCUGAGAGAGAAGGGCCAGGCGCUGAUGGACCAGAUGUCUACCCAGACUACCUGGUCGUACGGCAAGGAGGACGUCCCUGUGGAGAACAAGGAGAACAUCGACCACAUCCAGAGUGUCAUGGAGGACAUGCAGCUCCGCAAGCAGAGGUGUGAGGACAUGGUAGAUGUCAGGAGACUGAAGAUGCUUCAGAUGGUCCAGCUGUUCAAGUGUGAGGAGGAUGCCUCUCAGGCGGUGGAGUGGCUCGGGGAGCUGCUGGACGCCCUCCUGAAGACCCACAUCAGGCUGGGGGAGGACGCCCAGGACACCAGGGUCCUGCUGGAGAAACACAAGAAGUUUGUGGACGUGGCUCAGAGUACGUACGACUAUGGCCGGCAGCUCCUCCAGGCCACAGUGGUGCUGUGCCAGUCCCUGCGCUGCACCACGCGCUCCUCCGGAGACACGCUGCCACGCCUCAACCGGGUGUGGAAGCAGUUCACCGUCACCUCCGAGGAGAGGCUGCUCCGCCUGGAGAUGGCUGCCAACUUCUACACCGCCGCAGAAAAGGUCCUGAGGGAGGACAGCGAGGAGCAGGUGGAGACAGAGCCACAGGUGGAGGUAGAGCUGGAGGUCUAUGAGGAGGUGGAGACCGUGGGGAAAGGUCUUCUGGACAGACUGACCGUACCGGUCAUCUUCCCAGACGGGAGUGAGCAGUACUUUGGCAGUCCUGGAGACAUGGCCUCAUCCGCCGACACCAUCCGUGACAAGAUGAAGCUGGUGGAGGAGAGGAGGCUGCAGCUGCAGCAUGGGGAGGAGCUAGACCAUGAGGGGGAGGAGCUAGACCAUGAGGAGGAGGAGCUGCAUGAGAGUGAGCCGUUGCAGGAAGAGGACCUGGAAAUACUUCCCCAGUACAGCUAAUGGAGCAGCUAUAUUAUCCUCCAGGACAACUAGAAGAUCACCUAUAACAUUCUCCCGGAACAGAAAGUGGAGCAACAACAAUAUAACAUCUACAAGGCAACUGGAAGAGCACCUAUAAAAUCCCUCCAGGACAGCUAGUAGAGCACCUAUAACAUCCUUCCCAUGAUAGCUAGUAGAGCACCUAUAACAACCUCUGCUGGAUAGCUAAAAGAGCACCCACACCCUCUCCCCGGGACAGCUAGUAGAGCACCUAUAACAUCCUUCCUAAGACAGCUAGUAGAGCACCUCUAUAAUCAUCCCAGGACAGUUAGUAAUCAUACAUUUAAUUGCUUUUGGUCAUGCUGGGAAAACCCCUGAUGACUCAGAUCCAGCCACACACACACAUUCAACCACCCCCCCACCCCACACACACACACACACACACCUUACGUGCUCCUGUGUGCCUAUCAGUGUGUUUGCUGCUACAUUCUUUCCGCCUCAGUGUUCCUCUGCCUUGCCAAGCCAGAUAACCUUACAGUUAAAGAUAGACCUCCAGCCAACCUCGCCCGCAGUCAGGCUGGACUGGCAGCACCUCUUCCCCUUAAAGCUUUACCUUGGUUCCAUCUCAGCCUCUCCUUGUUUCCUUGUACCCUCUCCUCCUUCCCACUCCCAAGAUGGAAGUGGGACGAGAUGACCCAAAGCACCUUCCUUCAGAUGGUCCCCUCUGGUCUACUGAGGAUGGGUCGGAGAGAGAACAAGGAAUCGUGAAGAGACUUCAGAGCAGCUUUAUAACCGUCUUUUUGGGGAGCUACCAUCCUGUAGGUUUUCACUGCAAAACCCCACCAGACAGUAGCUCUGCAGGAGGAGGAUUGGAGUGCUUUGCUUCAGAGGUUCGACCCUGUCUCUGUCUUGACGGGUGAACCAAGCAUCUAUGGUGCUACUAACUAAACCUCCAGAAUGUACAGCAGAUGUCGGCCAUCUUUCUUCUGGUAUAUCUGUAUACAUGCUCUUGUAGAGUCUUUGGUUGACUAUAAGACUUUUGUAUCCUGAGUUGCUUUGUUUUUAUUUCCAACAUCCUAAGUGUCUGGGAAAAAAAGGUUGACUGAAAAGAAGAAGAUUAAAAAAAAAAAAAGGUUAACAAAGAAACGCGUGCCAAUAUGAACCCUUUUUUUUUCUUGCGCUUGGCCCAGUGUCUAACUGACUGUUUCUUGAGGGACUGGGUGUGUGACAGAUGCGUCUCCAGUCAACCAACUGUUCCUACCUUCCUAGACUGCUUUUACAGGUGAGGACAUCAAGGUCCAAUGUACAGACAGAACUGUGUUCAAGCCAGGAGGGCACUAGUGGAUUUAGACCUGGUUCCAGAUAUCCACAUGUGAAAUGGAAGUACGCUGUUUCUCAUUACAAACUCAUUUCAUAAUUGUGAUUCUUAGUAUCCGCGUUUAAGAUACAUAUGGCUUUUGCGGCUCAAGGCAUGCUAUUGAAAUAUUAAUUCUAUAUUUAUUUUGUUUUGUAUGUUGGUAUUCUACAUACCAGUGGAGUUUUAUCAUGCUUCUGCCAUAUUAAGUUUGCUAAUCUGAUCGUGUACAGAACGUCAUUGACAACUGUGUCAUACGAAAUAAACAAGCAAACUUUUGAA